UUUUAGUGAUACGUAGAAACGUGUGUAUUAGAGAGGAUUUAGUCCGGCACACCAUCAUUAUCUCAUCUCAUUGCUACAUGAGGAUGCGCGGCAGUAGUUAGCUAGCAUGAACCAAUUAACUGAGAAUGUCCCGUGACACAGUUAAUGAGAUUCUCGAGAGCGAAACUGGGGCUUUUCGCAAUGCAUGCCGUCAGUGGUAUGUUGAUGGUACUACAGAACUAGGACUACCUGUGAAAGUCGAAGAGGCUGCGAUGUUAGUAGGCUCAUCUCCAGCAAAAACUUACACUCAGUUGAGUCUCGCUGCCUUCGAAACACAUCAAAGCGUACUCAUUGGCGGGAAAGGCAGUCAUUUAAGCAAAGCCAUUGCGGUGGCAGAACAAGUCAAACAGACGACCAAAGCACGGUUCGUGCAGUUCAACAAAGCGUCUUUGCAUUCGUCUCUCAUCAACCCAGCGUACAAGCCAUCAGCGAGCUUAAAAAAUAUAGAAGUUUUUCUCCGAGACGGCGAGUCGACCCAAGAAGAUCUGGCUACACAAUCGAGCCAGCCGUCUACCAACGAUGUUUUGCGGGAAAUCAAAGGUCAUAAGGUAUACAAAGUUCCAUCGAUUGCGAUUUUGCUAGUGAAAGAUACGCAAGUGGCCGAAGAAAAACUACUGGGCUGGACAAGGCAGUGCCACCGCUGAGUAGCUCAGAAAACCGAACUAACACUCGGACUCGUAUGGGAAUUCUUCGAUGUUUCUAAACCUGAGUGGUCCAGACAGACGGCUUUGAACUUUCAAGAAUAUGAAAGUCAAUGGUCUGGUUUCUACAAAAAAAAAAAAACAAGCAGUGCUUAAGCCCAGUUCGAAUGCUCUGGCGAGACCUCGGUAUUGGCGACGAUCAUGUUCGGUUGAGGACUCAUGUGUGACACGAAAACACACGCGGCGCUGGG